GGCUUGAGAACCGGCUCGCGGAAAGCGAGCUCCGCCUGUCCUCGCUGCUAGCUAGCAUCCGCUUCCGGUUCCUGGGCCGAAUUGGCCGCGAGCCGAGGCGCCGCGGAGGGAGGCCUGUUUGCCGGGCUUUGCCUGAAAUGGACACCCGGAUCCCUUAUGAUGACUACCCAGUGGUUUUCCUGCCUGCCUAUGAGAAUCCUCCAGCAUGGAUUCCUCCUCAUGAGAGAGUGUACCACCCAGACUACAACAAUGAGUUGACCCAGUUUCUGCCCCGAAUUGUCACACUGAAGAAGCCCCCUGGUGCUCAGUUGGGAUUUAACAUCCGAGGAGGAAAGGCCUCCCAGCUAGGCAUCUUCAUCUCCAAGGUGAUUCCAGACUCGGAUGCACAUCGAGCAGGACUUCAAGAAGGGGACCAAGUUCUAGCUGUGAAUGAUGUGGAUUUCCAGGAUAUUGAGCACAGCAAAGCUGUUGAAAUCCUGAAGACAGCCCGAGAAAUCAGCAUGCGAGUGCGCUUCUUUCCUUACAAUUAUCAUCGGCAAAAAGAGAGGACUGUGCACUAGAGACUCCAUGUGGAGUCGGCCAGAGCAAGCCGCCUAGCCCUCCAAGAAGCCAGGCAGGCCAUUCUGCUCUCAGCGCCUUCCUGGCUUAGUGGAUGGGGAGGAUGGGGAGAUAGCUUACCAGCUGCAUUCUAUAUAAACCGUACUGUACUUGGAGUUCCCUAGUUUCUUCCUAGGUGAGUCUUAUUCUGGAAAAGGAGAAACAUGAUGCUGUGUAGAUGUCUGUAGCCUACGUGGAAAGCCAGCUGGAAAGCAACUGGCAUUUCUCAGGUGCCACAGAUCGGUCACUUAGCAUUUUUUUUGUGGGAAUCAGUAGAAAAAAAGAGUCUGAGGGGCCUUCCAUCUGAUUUGCCUGGCCAUGCCAUCCAGUCCCCGUACAUAUACUUUGGAGUCCCGUAGACUUGGGAGACUCCAAAGAGACACUGGUUUUGCCCCUUCUUCCUCAUCCCCCUGAAGUAAAAACACAAUACUGAAUAAAUGUGGCUUGAGUGAUACUAUUUGGAUAUAAAAUACCAUUGAGUAAAAACAAACCCACAACAAGCAAACACUGGAAGAAACCUCAACACCAUACCUACUUUACAACUCUCUGUAUCUUGCCAGAAUACUUGAGAGGUUAAAGAACCUUAGCCACAGAAUAACCGAGAGAUGCGUAGGGUCAAGGGCCCUGCAGGGUAAAAUUGCCCCUUCCUCAGGAAUGUUAGGCUUUCUGCUACAGGGGAUGGUAUUAGUAUAUUCUCCCACAUUCUCUGAUCUGGAACUUAAACCGAGGAAGCGGCGUGGAUACAUCUUCUCACAAGCAGCAGUAGGAAACACUUUCCUGAUUUCCCACUUGUAGUUCGAGUAGUGAUAACUUACAACUUCCUUUUUCUGACCUCACCCCCAAAUAACUUUCUGUCAUCCUGUUUAUUGACUGACCAUUAGAUGCUGCACAGAUCCCAUCUGGGCCAUCUCCACUGACAUCAAAAUGCCAUUCAGAGUUUAAAGGGUUUUUCUCUGAAGGAGGGGAGGUAUUGCUACAAUGAAAGUACAAAUUUGGACUUAAGAGUCCUAGGAAGAGCCAUCAAGAUGACUCCCUGGGUUGAAAGGAUGCCUGCUUCCAAGCCUCACCAUCUGAGUUUGCUCCCCAGGACCCACAGGGUGGAAGGAGAGAACUGCUUCCCCAAGUUGUUGUUGCCCUCCACCUGCAGGCUUUGUCAUGCAGGCACACACAAGAAUCCUGGGGAGCUGAGCUGGGUCUCCUAAUUCCUUCUGGAGAGUGAGUCUUUGUGGGAAAACUAGAAAUCUGCCUUUUUAAAUAAGCACCACAGAACCUGGCUCUUGCCAUGAAUCCUGCCCCAGCUAUACUAAAGGGAUUGCUAGAGGCUCAGUUCUGUUAGUUGGCACUGUACCUUCUGAGCAGAGCUGGGGUUAGAAUUAGCUCAAGUCUUCCUGAAAGACUUUUAUCCUCUAAUUUGCUCUGCUGACCCCCGGUGGCCAUCUGAGAAAGAUUGGCUUGGAUAUUUUCAGCAAAAUUAUUAACUGAGUCUACCAAACGUUAAAGUCAAGACUCUUUCCAUGCUUAAUAAACUUGUGUUUUUUUCUGA